UGUCAGCCCUCUCCUGUGGGGUCCACAUCCUGGUGCUGGGGUUGACUGUGGCUCAGAAGUUUGAGGACAACCUGCGAGGGCCGAUGCUGGUCAGGCAGCUCCUGGCCAACACCAUGCUGUACCUGUGUGCAGCUGCAGUAGGGGUCAUGUCAUAUUACAUGGCAGACAGGAAGUACAGGACGGCUUUUUUGGAAGCACGUCAGUCUCUGGAGGUCAAACUCACAAUGGAAGAACAGAGCACCCAGCAGGAGGAAUUACUGUUGUCCAUACUGCCCAAACACAUCGCCGAUGAGAUGCUGCAGGGCUUGAAGAAUCGUGCCGAUCAAAACCAGGUCCAGCAACAGCAGCAGCAGCAGUUCAACACCAUGUACAUGUACCGCCAUGAGCACGUUAGCAUCCUGUUUGCCGACAUUGUGGGCUUCACCCAGCUGUCUUCUACCUGCAGCGCACAGGAGCUGGUGAAGCUGCUCAAUGAGCUCUUUGCCCGUUUCGAUAAACUGGCCGAACGACACCAUCAACUGCGAAUAAAGAUCCUGGGCGACUGCUACUACUGCAUCUGUGGUCUUCCCAACUUCAGAGAGGACCACGCCGCCUGCUCCAUCAUGAUGGGCCUCUCCAUGGUAGAAGCCAUCUCUUACGUGCGAGAGAAGACCAAAACAGAGGUGGACAUGCGAGUGGGUGUCCACACCGGCACUGUUCUGGGAGGAGUUCUGGGCCAGAAGCGCUGGCAGUUUGACGUUUGGUCCACGGAUGUCACCGUAGCUAAUAAGAUGGAAUCUGGAGGGAUUCCUGGGCGAGUGCAUAUUUCCCAGAGCACCAAGGAGAGUCUUCACGGAGAGUUUGAACUGGAGCCUGGCAAUGGCAGCGAAAGAUGCGAGUAUCUGCUGGAGAAAGGCAUUGACACUUAUUUGGUUGUGGUGCCUAAAAAGAAAUGUCAUAAGCUGAAUGGGAAAACAGCCAGCGUUUUGUACGGGGGAAGGUCUCACCAGUUGAUUAACACCACAUCAAACCAUGCAGCCUCGUCAUCUCCAGUGUCGGAGUCACAACAGGAGAGGAACAGACUGGUUGAAGAGCAAUUCAUCAAUGUGCGGUUACAGCAGGAGCUCCUGGAAAGAGAAAGGCGGCAAAUAAUGAAGAACCUGAUCCAUCCCGUCUCGCUCUGGUUUGUUGAUGGCAAGCUGGAGACACAUUACUCCUCAGAGAAGGAGAAGCGCAGCGGGCCGGCGUUCUGCUGCUGCGCUAUUGUGCUUCUCUUCAUCACGGCAAUGGAGGUGUUCAUAGAUCCUCUACUGGUUGUGAACUAUGUGACUCUUGCAAUAGGAGAGUUUCUAUUUUUCAUCCUCACCGUGUGCUCCCUGGCCGGCGUCUUCCCCAAGAUGUUUUCCAAGAAGCUGGUGUCCUUCUCCACUUGGAUCGAUCGCACACGCUGGGCAAGAAACACGUGGGCAAUAGCGGCCAUAUUUGUCCUCACAAUGGCCGUCAUUGCUGACAUGCUCAGCUGUGUACCGCCACAUUUCCAGGUGGUCAACAGCACCUCCGACCUCACACUGGACACGCAGGGCGAAUGCGCGGAGAACCCCAAGCACUACAGUUUCAUGACUGUGAUGGCGCUAAUCGCCACAGCCAUGCUGGUGCAGGUCAGCCACCUAAUCAAGCUGGGCCUGAUGGCGCUGGUCGUCACGGCGACGGGAGCUGUUAACAUCUACAGCUGGCGGAACAUUUACGACCUUUAUGACUUUUUACACUUUGCCUCCCACAGUGCAUCCAUGGUACCAUCCAAGUACCUCAUGACCAUGAUGACAAUCGUCAUGAUGCUCAGCUUCUACCUCUUCUCCCGCCAUUCGGAGCGUCAGUCCAGAAAGUUGUUCCUGUGGAAGAUUGGCGUGCACGAUCAGAAGGAGCGAGUGCUGGAGAUGAGGCGCUGGAAUGAAGCGCUGGUCACUAACAUGCUGCCGGAGCAUGUCGCCAAACACUUCCUAGGCACUAAAAAGAGAGAUGAGGAGUUGUACAGUCAGUCGUACGAUGAAGUAGGUGUGAUGUUCGCAUCCAUCCCUAACUUUUCAGACUUCUACACCGAGGAGAGCAUCAACAACGGCGGCAUUGAGUGCCUCCGCAUUCUCAACGAAAUCAUUUCAGACUUUGACGGUUUACUAGACAGGGACGAAUUUCGCAACAUCACCAAGAUCAAGACGAUCGGCAGCACCUACAUGGCGGCGUCGGGACUCACCCCGAAAAGGCCAGAGGACCAGACACUCGUCGAGCACUGGCAGCACCUUGCCGAUCUGGCAGACUUUGCAUUGGCUAUGAAAGUCACCCUCGACAACCUCAACAGACAGUCCUUCAAUAACUUCAUGCUACGAAUCGGUCUCAAUAAAGGCGGGGUUCUGGCAGGUGUGAUCGGUGCUCGUAAACCUCACUAUGACAUCUGGGGAAACACGGUCAACGUGGCCAGUAGAAUGGAGUCGACCGGAGUCAUGGGGAACAUUCAGGUGGUGGAGGACUGCUACGACAUUUUAAAGGAUUACAGCUUCCGCUUUGUGCGACGGGGGCCCAUAUUUGUAAAAGGGAAAGGGGAGCUGCUGACCUUCUUCAUGAAAGGGAAAGAACUAAACACGAACAACGGACGCCUUCCACGGACAACUCUUCCUCACGAGGUUGUGCACGUUUUUUGA